CCCGGACAAGUAUCCUUCCUCAUUCUGCUUCAGUGUUUGCUCGCUCUGCAGCCAUGGCAUUACUCGAUUGAGAACGUUCGGCAUCAAAGGCGCUAAAGGCGCAUUCUUGCAUGGCUAAUGUUCUACACUGCUGUCGCGGCAUGGGGAAGACCAACUCCGUGUGUCAUAAGACCAAGUCAGGAUGCAUCGCGCCUCGGUCUUGUUAUAUAUACGACACACGCCCUAUAGCCUCCAUCAUAUCCGAUAGUGCAAACGAGUUUCUUACUCAACAUCAUUUUCACAACUUUGUAGGGAUGUGUCCAGCCCUUAGAUUGCCAGCCUUGUGACGCAUGCCACUGCAUGCAUGUUGAAUGCAUCCCCUGCCCGAUAAAGAUUUCAAAUGCGGUCAAAAAAUCGACCAGAGCUCGGGAGUGUCUGGAGGAGGUCAGGGCCUUGACUUCAGGCGACCCCACAUGUGUUGAGAUAGCGCUGCUCCCCAGAACGCGAGAGUUCCUUUCAUAUCUGCAAUCAAGCCUUGGAGAUACAACAGGUCAGCCUGUGGCUGACGUGAGAAUUCCCCCACCAUCUGCUAUCAUUUCGCCGACGUUGCCAACCACAACCCAUGGAUGGGUAAACCAAGUGGAGACUAUUUCAGCCAUCGAGGGAUCCCCCAUCAUAGUUCCACUGGCAAACGAACUCGGAAAUGUGCCACUUACCAAUGCUCCUGCAGCCUUCUACCCACCUUCUACCUUGGGAUUAUACGAAUACGUCGGGAACAUCGACCAAUCGUCCGUCUUGGAUUUUGGUUCAGUCUCCUAUCCUGCAGCUAGCUCUUCCACUGGUGAGUUUAUUCCCCAUUGCCCCGCUUCCCUCCUGGUUCCCGUGCAAGAGAGGGCAUCCUGCGGCGAAAAUUGGGAUUUUCUGAUGCCAGACAUUGCUGCUAACUAUGAGCUUGCGGGACCAUCUACUGCGUUCCAUUCACAAUCAGAUGCCUCCCCUCACAAAACUCGUGGUGAGACUCUGGGAAAUGCUGCGAGUUGGAACGAGGAUGCUCUUGGAGUAUGGGAUACUGCCUCAUCCCUCGCGGAGCGGCCAUUCCCGAUGGUGGUGCUCUUGUAUAGGGGAAUUCGUUUGAGGCGAUUCUCUGUACCCUUUCUUGAAACAUCAUCAAUGGUUUGGAAAUUUGUAAAUUAUGUGCUACCUUGAAUCUUCGAGUGCUUUUACAGACUCGCGAUGAAUGUACUUGUUUUCAACCCCUGUGCCUGCAUGUUUGCUAAUAUAU